CGGAUCUAAGAAAGAGAAACAAAAAGUCCUGAUAGCCUUUCCCCCAAGGUCUGCCAGAUCUUAAGACCUAAGUUGUCACAGGGGCUCAGGCCUGGGCAUGUGACUGGACAUUGUGAUUCCAGUUCAACCACCCCAGCCCUGCAGUGGUGCUGCAGAAAGCCAAGCCGUGGGACAGAAGGUGGUUUGUGACAACGAGCUUGUAUCAGGAGCCACAAGAAGCCACGCAGCUGCUCGGUGCCUCUGGUCAACGCUUUCCUCUGAAGAAACCCUGCUUGAGCCAAAUACAGAGGGAGCCAAGAGGGACGUGAUGCUGCCUGUGACCUGUGUGCUGGCCUUGGGCGCUUGGCUGGUGUCACAGGGUGAGGCUACACUGAGUACCCCCACAAUCUCCAUCUUCCAGAAGCCACCUGGGGUGAUCCCACCUGGAGGCUCCACCACCAUCUGCUGUAUUUGCCAGUGCAGCAAUGGGAGCUUUGUGCUGUACAAGGGCAGCCGCCAGCUCUGCACCCUGGAGCAGAGCAGUGGCAGGGCCGAGUUUUCCAUCUCUAAUGCCACCUACGAGGACAGAGGUGGCUACAACUGCCAUUACCUGGAGGGAGACACUGUGCUGGCUCGAAGCGCUAGUCUGGAAGUCUUUGUGGAAGAGCUCCGUCUGCCCAGACCCGACCUCUCUGUCCUGCCUGGGCACGAGGUGGCUGCGGGAGCUGAGGUGAUGUUCCGCUGCACCACCACACAGCCCAGCACCGGCUGCUUCCUGUACCUGGAGGGCCAGAUCCGACCCCAGCAGUUCCUCAGGGAGCAAGGGGACUACAGCUUCUCCCUCGUGCAGAAAGGUGACAGCGGCCGCUACAGCUGCCAGUGCUACACCCUCAGUGCUUGGAGAGAAUGGUCGGCUGUCAGCAACACCCUGGACUUGGUGGUGAGAGUGGCAUCUGAGGGCCAGCUCCAUGUUUCUUCCCUCCUGUCCAUCUUUGGUGCCACUUGGUGGGGUCACAGAUUACACGCUGUGCAACACCGUGCGCCUGGCGCUGGCGGCCGGGCUGCUGCUCCUGCUGGGGCUCAUCGCGGCGGAGGCGGCGCGGAGCCGCUGCUGCCGGGGCUGGGGGAGCAGUGCCGGGCACCGCCGGGCACCGCCGCGCUUAUUGCCCUGCAGCAACCCGCGCUGGGAUGAAUAAACCGUCCCUGUCGCCA